AUGGCGAAAUGCAGCAAGAUCCGCGACAUCGUGUGGCUCCGGCAGACCCUGCGAAGGUGGCGGUCCCGCGCCGCGGCGCGCGUGGCCGAGGGCGGCGCGGCGCCCGUGACGGUGCCGGCGGGGCACGUGGCGGUGUGCGUGGGCGGGGCCUCGCGGCGGUUCGUGGUGCGGGCGGCGCACCUGAACCACCCCGUCUUCCUCGAGCUGCUCCGGCAGGCGGAGGAGGAAUACGGCUUCCGGACCGGCUCGUGCGGCCCCAUCGCGCUCCCCUGCGACGAGGACCGCUUCCGGGACGUCCUCCGCCGCGUCUCCUCCGAGGAGCGCCGCGGCCGUUCGUUCGGCUGCCGCGCCCCGGCCGCCAGCAGCCGAGACGUCGCGACGCGGCCGCUGCUGCAGCGGGCGGCGGCGGAGGAGCUCGUCUGGUGACGGACCGAUGGGAGCAAUACGCAUAGCCCAUUCGGUGUACGUGCUCUGCUCUCAGGCAAGCUAGCCGUGGCGAUUUGCGGCGCCAACGGCGACUGGUCUUCCGGACGUGGGAAUGGCACAAGCAUGCCGCGGCCGAGAAGACUGCGCCCGCCCGCCCGCCCGCGCGUACAGCAAGCGCCUGAGGCCUGAAGCUGAAUGUCUCAUUGAAGGGCGUGGUCCGGUGGUAGUGGCCGCCGGCGCCCCGAAUUGUGAAUCGGAGACGGCGCCGCGCUUGAGCAACUGAGGCAGGCCGGCGGGCGUGUGGCUAGCAAAUAGUAGCAGCUCUGUACUGCUUGACCGCGGUUAGAAGAAACUUGUAAUUGUCAACACUCCUCGCUGGGAAUAAUACCCAUCACAAGCUUGUCUUCCUC